UUAUUUUUUCCUAAAACUUCUUUUCCCUUUCAAAAAAUAUCCCAAACACCCCCUUAUUUUUUCCCAAAACUUCUUUUCCCCUUCAAAAAAUAUCCCAAACACCCCCUUAUUCAGAUCAAAAAACGCUGUAUACGGCGUUCGGCGGUAUAAACAGUCGAGGAUCCGUCUACCUCAAAUCCAUAGACCGAGAAGGAAAAAGCCAUAAACUUGAAUAGGAAAAAACUGAGGCUGCCAUGACUACACUUCCUCUUGGAGAUGACAAACGCCCGAUUACAACGAUUCUCAUUUUCGCUGCCAUGGAUUCAGAAGCGCUUCCGGUUGUCGAACACUUCAAACUUUCACGAGAUGAUGGUACUUUGUUUCCAUUAAAUGUCCCUUGGAUCAGAUAUCAUGGUUGCUACAAGGAUCUUAAUCUAAAUGUCAUUUAUCCAGGGAAAGACCCCGACUUUGGGAUCAAUAGUGUAGGCACAGUUCCUGCAUCUCUUGUGACUUAUGCUUCUAUUCAAGCACUGAAGCCUGAUCUUUUAAUAAAUGCUGGCACUGCUGGUGGCUUUAAAGUGAAAGGAGCAUGCAUAUUUGAUGUGUACCUAGUAUCAGAUCUUGCAUUUCAUGAUAGACGGAUUCCCAUUCCAGGUCCUGAUAGAUAUGGAAUUGGCUUACGAAAGAGUUUCCCCACACCAAAUCUUGUGAAAGAGCUUAAUCUAAAAGUUUGUAAAUUAUCUACGGGAGAUUCAUUAGACAUGUCUCCACAAGAUGAAAAAUGUAUCUUCGCCAAUGAUGCAAUAAUUGUAGAUAUGGAGGGAGCAGCUUUGGCUUACGUGUCUAGUCUCAUGAAAGUCCCUUCAAUAUUUAUAAAAGGUGUAUCAAAUUUUGUUGAUGGUGAAAAAUCGAUUCAUGAAGAAUUUAAAGAGAAUUUACAAGCAACUGUUGUGGAAAUUCGUGAUGUAGUUGCGCGUGUUGUUGAAUUUAUUAAUGGUAAAUGUCUUUAUGAACUAUGA